CGAAUGUACCAGAAGAUCUAGCUCAUGGAUCAUCACAUCACGUUGCCCGACGCGGAUGUGGAAGCCCUCAAGCUGUCCGUGAUAAUCUGUGUCGUUCUUGCCAACAUCCAGGUCCCACUACGCAUUCAUUCGAAUCGUCGGCCUUUAUGGAAUACUUCAGAUUUUGACACUUCCCCGCCCCACGUCGGUGCCUAUUUUGAAUGAUAAUUCUUGAUCUCACAUGGACACGGGCCUGGCGCCAGCACGAUAUUAAAAUUCGUAGUUGUAAACUCGCGAAUCUGAAUUCGCUGUCAUGUCUCCUGUCGAAAUUGCAAACAAAUGCCGUGCCCUCGGUUGUUCCUCGUCUCCAGUCGCGAAAAGGAGGAGAUCAGAGCAGGUAGCCAGCGACGUGCGUGUCGUGACGCCUCUAGAAGAAGGCGCGAACAUGCGCAACGAGCACGGACAGGCCAAAAAAGAUGUCCUUGCAGUUGGGGAGCCAACUGACGGUGAGAACGGUAACGCCACCCCCGUUAUCCUGCUGGAGCAGACGAAAAACAACAAAGCCUGGGCGGACGUGACCAAGAAGACAAACGCGACAACUCCGCCCCUCACAGUCGAGACUCUCCCCGAAGAAACACAAAACUACCGCUUCCUCCGACUCCUCCCCUACGAAACGGAAUUUUCCACCUUUGCCAAGCGACGAUGGCUCGACCGCGAGAUCCUCGAGGUUUUCACGAAAGAGUUCACGAAAUUUGACAAACAGCAUUUCGAGGAACGGCUUCAAUCUGGCGGCAUUCUCGUGAAGUCGAAGGGAAAAACCGAUACUCCAAGGCCGGUCGACGCGACCUACAGAAUCAAAGAUGGGGAUUUCAUCACACACAAGGUCGUGAUGGAAGAGAAUUUGAUUUUGAACCAGCCGAUUGAAAUCGUCUCCGAAACGGAGGACUUGCUCGUCGUGAAUAAACCCGCAUCGGUUCCCGUGCACCCGGGCGGCAGCUACAAGCACUUCACGGUGACAGGGUUGUUGGCCGCGGGGAGGUUUACGGAGCAGGGAGGUGUUGGCAGCACACGAAACUCAUCUAGUAGAGUUACAUGCUCUCCUUCGACGGCGUCCAAUUCGCCGUCAGUUUUUUUAUCGGAGAGUAAGUCUGAGUGUGUUGCCAAAGUUGGUGAGAAAGAUGAGAGCAACAUUCACAUAGCUGGAGCAGGGCGAGACAGUGACGAUAGCAAACAGCAGGAUGUAACAUCGCAGCGGCAGGUGCAUGCAGAACUGGCCGAGUCCUCGCCGCCCUUUCUCACUUCCAACUCGCGUUUCCGUAACAUGACGCUCCACACGUCCCACCGCCUCGACCGGUUUACGUCCGGACUGGUGCUGCUAGCGAAAACGAGAGAGAGAGCGAGACAGCUGCAAACGGAGUUCGUCAACGACAAAAUUCAGAAAACCUACUUCGCUGUAGCGGAAGGGAAUUUGAUUCAGACUUUAUUGGAAGCGGAGAGCAAUAAGAACGCGAGAACAAACUUAGUUCCGGCGUGCUACGACCCGUCCGAUGUGACAGUAGUAGUGCCCGGAGGAGGACGAGGACCACAAGCUUCGGCAGGGGGCGAUGGGAACACGAAGAUAUCACCUAUGAUCGAUUUCGACGGUCUAGGCGAAAAUAACCUCCAUUGCCUCGUCCACGGCGGCAUCACGUGCGUAAAUCACAAGCUGGGCGAGCACGCGUUUCGCCGCAUGGCGAGACCUGAGGAGAAAGAAGACGAGGUCACAGUGACGGCGAGAAAGAAACGGAAACACCAGGAAAGCUUGCUGUCUCGAAGCACGAGCGCGACGACAAAUGUUGUGGCAAGCAAUCCCCCCGCACCAGAAUCUUCAACCUGCUCCUCAACGGACACGCACGGAAAGCCCGAAGCUCAACAAGUUGAAGAGCCUGCAAAAUGGUCCGAAACGUACUUCUAUCCCGUUUUUUACGACAAAGCUCAAAACACCACUCUGGUAAUCGCAAAACCAAAAACGGGGCGGACGCACCAAAUCCGCAUUCACUUGCAAGUUCUUGGGCACCCGAUCGUCAAUGAUCCCUGCUACAACGAAGCGUAUCAUAAAAGGCGGAAGGGAACGAAGAACGGAAGUAGUUGUAGUGCGACAGCAGGCGCGGACGGAGCAGAAGCUGCAGCAGUUACGGAAAAAAAUUCGGCGUUCACUGUUAAGAACACGACCAGCGAACAUAGUGGCAGGGAUGAGUGUGUGUGUGAUGAAGACGUCGAUACUUCUUCGGCAGUCGAUGCUGAGUACCAACAGCUCCGAAGCGACUACCCGCUCUUUCCCGGCGGCCAUUACUCGGGCAUUUUCCUGCACGCAGUGGAGUACAAAGGCCCGGAUUGGGCCUACCGCACGGCCGUUCCGGAGUGGGCCAAGAGUUUUUCAACGGAAAGAGUGGACGAGGACGGGCUCGUCAGGGCAUUGUGAUGCAGCUGUGGAGAAUCUCUAUGAAUUCUCGUUGGCGCCAUCCUCUCUAUGUUUGUUUACAAGCGAUAUCACUCGAACUUUUAUUGAAAACGACCGACGACAUCAGAGCGAGAAUCUGUAAACCAAGUAUAAACUGG